AUGCGCGCGGGAUGUCAUGUCAAAUUACCGCGUAAAAUUGUGACAAAGAGAGCGGUGGUUAAUGUGCAAUCAGCGGACAAUGCGUGUUUCGCAUGGUCAGUGGUGGCCGCUCUGUACCCCGCUGAAAGACAUGUGGAACGAGAAUUCUAUCCGCAUUACACCACAGUGCUGAAUCUCCAAAACAUUGAGUUUCCAGUGACUGUGAACCACAUUAAAAAAUUUGAACUGGCAAACGACAUCUCCGUAAACGUGUACAGCAUCGAGAACGAAAACAUCGUCCCGCUACGCCUUUCAAAGCAGAAAAGAGACAAGCAUGUCAAUUUGCUGUACGUGAAGGACGAAAACAGCGUCGGGUAUUUCGCGUUGAUAAAGAAUCUGUCUCGCCUCGUGAGCUCGCAACUGAACAAACAGAAAUGUAGAAGAUAUAUAUGCGAUCGAUGCCUACAUUAUUUCUUUUCGAAGGAUAAAUUGCAAGCGCAUACGGUAGACUGCGGAAAACUAAAUGACUGCGCUAUCCGUUUGCCGAGCGACAAGGACAAGUGGCUCAGCUUCGACAACUACACGAGGAAGGAGCGGCUGCCGUUUGUGGUGUACGCCGACUUGGAGUGUGUUUUGACAAAGAUCGAAGAUGUCAAAAAUUAUCAACACCAUCAAGUAUUCAGCAUCGCAAUCAUGGAUUACACACUUGAUGACAGUCAGACGAGUGACGACGAGUGCAAAAUUGUGGCGGAAAUGACGAAAAAACCCAAGAUCGAAGUAAUUACUAUUGAAGAUAACAAUGUCAGCUGGCAGUACAGAUACCGAUGUCCAAAUUAUUUAUGA